AUGAAGGCUAAGAUUAAGGCUACUGAUCCAUGGGACGAAUUUCAAUUAUUAAAACCAAAUGCCGAUGCUAGAAGUCUAAAUCCUCAAGAGCUUGAGCCAAAAGGUCUUUCGGAAGAAAAACAAGUUGACCUUUGGAACAAUAUUCGCCAAUAUUGUCCUAUUGUUUAUCGUGACAAAUUUUGCUCAAAACCAAGUGAUGAUUUAAUUGAAAAG